UUCCCCACAUGUUCCUCGUGCAGUCGUGCUUCAACAUCGUUAUCAACCGGCUCCUCUUGUCCCUCCGAGGCUCGGCGCAGCGGUAGAGACUUGCUAGGGUUAGGGUUUUCCCUUCAUGGCAAUGUCGUGCUCCGGCGCCAACAUGUACGCCUCCUGCUCGGCUACUGCUCCUCGUUCAUUCAGGAAACCAUUGUCGCCCUGCAUGUCUUCCUCCGUCUUCCUCGGCACACGCCGGCCGGAGAAUUUCACUGGUAAGGAACUCCGGAUCUGCAACCGGAAGGCAACCAGGAGGUCUAGCGGGCAUCUGAGGGUUGUCUGCGAGAAGGUCGUGGGGAUUGAUCUUGGCACGACAAAUUCUGCGGUGGCGGCGAUGGAGGGUGGGAAGCCGACGAUCGUCACGAAUGCUGAGGGGCAGCGGACGACUCCGUCAGUUGUGGCGUACACGAAGAACGGGGAGCGGCUCGUAGGGCAGAUUGCGAAGCGCCAGGCUGUAGUGAAUCCGGAGAACACCUUCUUUUCGGUGAAGCGGUUCAUUGGGAGGAAGAUGGUGGAGGUGGAUGAGGAGUCGAAGCAGGUCUCGUACAGGGUCGUGAGGGAUGAGAAUGGGAAUGUCAAGCUGGAAUGCCCGGCGAUUGGAAAGCAGUUUGCGGCUGAGGAAAUUUCUUCUCAGGUUUUGAGGAAACUUGUUGAUGAUGCAUCCAAGUUCUUAAAUGACAAAGUGACUAAAGCAGUCGUUACUGUGCCUGCAUAUUUCAACGACUCCCAAAGGACUGCUACAAAGGAUGCUGGUCGUAUAGCUGGUUUGGAAGUCCUCCGCAUCAUUAAUGAACCAACUGCUGCUUCAUUAGCAUAUGGGUUUGAGAAGAAGAACAAUGAAACUAUCCUCGUAUUUGAUUUGGGCGGCGGCACAUUUGAUGUUUCAGUACUUGAGGUUGGAGAUGGUGUAUUUGAAGUUCUUUCUACUUCUGGAGAUACGCAUCUUGGUGGUGAUGACUUUGAUAAGAGGGUGGUUGAUUGGUUGGCUGCAAACUUCAAGAAAGAUGAAGGCAUUGAUCUCCUUAAAGAUAAACAAGCCCUUCAACGACUGACAGAAACGGCAGAGAAGGCCAAAAUGGAGCUGUCAUCCUUAACCCAGACAAAUAUUAGUUUGCCAUUCAUAACUGCCACUGCUGAUGGUCCAAAGCACAUUGAGACAACUCUGACAAGGGCAAAGUUUGAGGAGCUGUGUUCAGACCUUCUGGAUAGGUUGAGAACUCCUGUAGAAAAUUCCUUGAGAGAUGCAAAGUUGUCUUUCAAAGAUCUCGAUGAGGUGAUUCUUGUGGGUGGAUCAACCAGAAUUCCAGCUGUUCAGGGGCUUGUCAAGAAGUUGACUGGAAAGGAUCCAAAUGUUACUGUCAACCCUGAUGAGGUUGUUGCCCUGGGUGCUGCGGUGCAGGCUGGAGUUUUGGCUGGAGACGUCAGUGAUAUUGUUCUUUUAGAUGUAUGCCCACUCUCCCUGGGCUUGGAGACUUUGGGCGGAGUGAUGACAAAGAUCAUCCCUAGAAACACAACGUUGCCAACAUCAAAAUCAGAAGUGUUUUCCACAGCAGGUGAUGGACAGACGAGUGUUGAAAUAAAUGUUCUUCAGGGAGAAAGAGAAUUUGUGAGGGAUAACAAAUCCCUGGGAAGCUUCCGCUUAGAUGGAAUUCCGCCAGCUCCACGAGGAGUUCCACAGAUUGAAGUUAAAUUUGACAUUGAUGCCAAUGGAAUUUUGUCUGUGGCUGCAGUGGAUAAGGGGUCUGGGAAGAAGCAGGACAUCACAAUUACUGGGGCUAGCACCUUACCAAGUGAUGAGGUUGACAGAAUGGUAAAGGAAGCUGACAAAUUUGCAGAGGAGGACAAGGAGAAGAGGGAUGCAAUAGACACCAAAAAUCAAGCAGGAUCUGUAGUCUACCAGACUGAAAAGCAAUUGAAAGAUCUGGGUGACAAGGUUCCUGCUUCUGUAAAAGAGAAGGUGGAGUCAAAGCUUGGGGAACUGAAAAAUGCCAUAUCCAGUGAAUCGACCCAAGGCAUGAAGGAUGCCAUGGCUGCCUUGAACCAAGAGGUUAUGCAGUUAGGCCAGUCUCUUUAUAACCAGCCAAGCACACCUGGAGCAGACGCUGGUGAAACAGGUCCUUCCCCUAAUGCCAAUGGCGCCGAUGGUGGAUCUGUCAUUGAUGCAGAUUUCACUGAUACCAAAUGAUAGGUGAUUUUUUCAAUACCAGCUAUACAAAUUUUAAUUUUCAGAUAGCCUGAGGAAUUGAAACUCUUUAUAUAUCUAAGUAUUAUUAUUAUUAUUAGCUCAUUCUUUACUUAUCUAUAGAUGGAAAAUCCGGCUGUUGUUUGAUCUGUA